AUGGACUUUCUGGAGCCACGGAGGGCCUACACUCGGGCCCAGACAGACGAUAUCGAGCUCAACAACCAAGAUAUCUACAUAGAGCAGCAUUCUCUGGGUUCCAAGUCCAGUUUCACAACGACCUUCAGCUACUCGAUCAAAGAUGAAUCGCCUCUCCUCAAUGCUGACGGCGAUCCUAUUCGGAAAGGAUCGUCAUUCUUCUCCAAAAAAUCUCUAGAACUUCCCUUCUUCACCUGGCCAACUCGCCUUUAUGGGUGGCGCACCGGCGCCUUCACAGCGGCACUUCUGGGCACGAUAUCGCUGCUUGUCAAUCUCGUGGUGGUCUCCUGGCUUGCUUCUCGCGGUCAAGGCUCUAGCCUGGUGGAAGUCUACAAUGGCCACUGUGGCAAGGUCGAAUCCCUGGACAUCUGGAUCCACUUGGCCAUCAACACUCUCAGCACUUUGCUGUUGGGGGGUUCCAACUACUGCAUGCAAUGCCUCUCCGCUCCUACUAGGGAGGACGUCGACCGCGCCCAUGCAAGGGGAGAGUACCUCGACGUGGGCGUGCCGAGCGUGAGAAACCUGAGGAGAAUUUCGGCUCGAAAGAUAAUUCUAUGGUGUGCUCUGGGAUUGUCUUCCAUACCUUUGCAUCUCAUGUACAAUUCGGCGUUCUAUAAAUCACUGGAAGCCAAUGACUACAAUAUCUACUUUGUUACACAAGAUUUUAUUGAUGGCAAACCCCUUGUGCCAUACCACGGCAUAGCGGAAAAGCCGAGCCAGAAUGAUAUUCAGUCUUCGCUCCUAACGCAUCCGGACACGUGGGAGCGCCUGGAAAAAGAGGCCUGCAUCCAUGCCUAUGCGACGACUUUUUUGACCACCCGGCGGAAUCUAAUUCUGUUGUCAAAUAACAACACGAAGCAGGCGAACGAGAGUGUGCUGGCGAUCUCGUCGUAUAUAAACGGUGAUGUCAAGGCUUUCGACUGGAUCUGCAAUAGCGAUCCCAACAUCAGCACCAAGGUUGACGUACCUGUCCAAUCGAACGGCGGGAGAAAACCAUGCGAAUCAUGGGUUUCCAAAGUUGAAGCCAUUGCAAGUCAAUGGCAACCCUUCAAUUUCGACGUCGAGUAUUGUCUUUCUGAGACUGUGACUGAGAAAUGCAGCUAUAAUGGCAACAUUCCGAUCAUAGCGAUCGUUCUGGCAUGUAAUGCCAUCAAGAUUGCGGGAAUGCUCUACGUUGCGUUUCGACUGGAAGACAACCCGCUGAUCACAGUGGGAGAUGCGGUGGAAAGCUUUCUGAACGAAAAUGACAAAUCGACCAAAGGCUUCUGUUUGCUGAGUAAGAGCGAUGUGAUCCUGGCUAGGCAGACGAAGAGCCACUGGUGGCUUCGAGCCCGAGGGGGAGAACGAGAAUCAAAGGCCAAGGUGGCCCAGUUGCGCACAAAACUUGGGCUCGAAUCUGCCAGCCUUACCCGAUGGUCAUUGACCAUCGGCUUUAUGGUCCUUGCGUUGCUCGCGGUGGCAGCGUUUCUCUCCAUCGCAAUCAAGACCAUCCAUUCUGUGGGUUUCGACAUCAAGGAGAUUGGCUUUGGCAAAGUCACCCAGGCGGCGGUCAUCGACGGCUGGCACGUCGGCGUCAAUGGCUCGCCAUCGUCGAAGAUCCUCUCCUCCAUUCUCAUUGCAAACUUACCUCAAACAAUUUUCAGCUUCUUAUAUCUGAAUCUGAACGGGGUGCUGACAAGCAUGUGGUUAGCCAGUGAGUGGAGUGAUUUUGCCAAACAGAGAAAGACUUUGAGAGUGUCGAGACCGAAGGGAGCACAAAGGAGCACACACUUCCUACAGCUGCCCUACAAGGCUGCCGUGCCCUUGAUGAUUCUCUCCGGAAGCCUGCAUUGGUUGAUUUCCCAGAGCAUCUUUCUGGCGGUGGUCGCAGAGUACAACGCCGACGGAACUCUGUUUGACCCUAUUUAUAUUGCCUCGUGCGGGUUUUCUCCGCUGGCUAUGAUCGUGGUGCUUGCAUUGGGAGGAGUCCUCGUUGUUGCUACAUUGGGGCUGGCAAUGACGAUGAGAUAUGAUGCUUCGAUACCCUUGGUGGGGAGCUGUAGUGCGGCCAUCGCGGCCGCGUGCCAUCAGCCGACCUGGGACACUGAUGCCUCACUGAAGGCUGUGCAAUGGGGUGUCAUCCCCGGGGUGGUGGACAGUCUUGGGGUCGGACAUUGUGCUUUCAGCAGCGGCGAAGUUGAACCUGUACAGGAGGGAAGAGGAUACGCUGGGAGCACAGAUGACAAGCGGAAUCCGGAAUUAAUGGGAGGACACGGGGAUGCCAGAUUUCGAGUCCGAUUACGUGUAUUGCCGGACUGA